AUGUCAGGGACUAUAUCUUGCCUCACUGAGGAUGUCUCCAUUCUCUUUUAUCAUCUUUGUUGUCACAGACUUGAGAAGCAGCCAGCAGGCCAGGGUUGGUACAAAAAUAAAAUAAUAAUAAUCUAAAACUGGCUAGUUAGCUCGCUAGGUGGCAUCAAGAAGUCAGCAAUAAAUAGCUAAAAUACCAAACUACAACUAAUUAUGUAAUGAAACUGACAUUAUGCAGUUGAUUCUGAUUGUGUCUACAGAUUUGUUCGAUUAAUUUUGAUGUAUCAACAACUACAAAUCCUGUUGAUGGGUGGUGGUAACUAGCUAACUAAGUAGCUAACAUUAGCUAACUAGGUAGUUAGCUAGCGCAAAUAACCGGAUUUGAUGAGGCAAGAGUAUAGUUUUAACCAUUUUAAAAUAGUUACUAUAUUCAGGUCUGUCAUUUCAAAUAUUGAAUAUUACUGCGAGCUUUUACCUGUAUCUCCGGACUCCAUAGUUGCAGCUAACCAGAUCUUUAUUCCCUGAUACGAGCUAUCUGUUGCUAAGCUAGCCUGCGCUUCACUAGUUUCCGCUUCCUGUCGGUCUCGCAAAUCGACUCCUAGAACAGCGAAUUAUGUCGGUUGUCGCUACCCGUACAUGUUCCCUCUCGGUUGUCUGGUAGAGAAUCAGAAGAUGGCUGAAGCUCCCCCACGGCCCUGCCGGUUUUUCUGUCACCGAUGUUCAGCAGAGAUCAACCCUCGUCUCCCGGUAAGCAUUCCAGAGAGGUUUUUGUCGUUGACAAAAGAAAACCAUUGCCAGCUGUAUUAUUUUGUAUUAUUUUAUCCACGAUAUCCUCUGGCUGAAGCAUGAUAGCUAGCUAACGUUAGCUUGUAGCUAGUAGAACGUUCACGUUGCCAAUCAUUUGACAGCUAACGUUAUAGCUUCGUGUUAGGAUGUUUCGAGGUCAUGCCUCUGUGACUUGUUGGAUUAGCUAAGGAGUUACCCAGAUCUUCAAGUGACAGCGUGUUUCUCUCUUUAUAAUAUGAGACCUGUUCAUUAUUGUGACAGCUUGCCGGAUAAACAGGGAAAUCGGGCCCUAGCACCUCCAAAGGUAGAUAGCUACCUAACUUAAAGCAGAAAUCAGAAGUUGAAACAAUAACAAAGCGACUCCCCACCACAGUUUCGGUAACAAAGUAAGGGGAUGGGGCUGGAGAAAUGUAGCCACUGUCAAAUUCAAAGCUAAGGAUGCAAGGAAUGACCAUCCAUGAUAUCAAAAGUAUAGUUUAAACAUGUUUUUAGGCUAUAUAGUGGUUGUUUACAUUUACUUUGUUUACAAACAUUGGAGUUAAACAUGCAUAUAUUUUGGGUUCUAAUGCGUACGACAGUUGAACUAAGCUCAUAAGGCAUUUAUAAGUUAUAUUCUUUAAGAAUCAAUGGGUACAUAUAAUUAAUUUAUACAUCCACAAUUGGAUGUAGCAACUAGUGAUUACCCCUUUAAGUUAUGAUCUCACAAAGUGUGACUUUCAAAAAACACAAUUGUCACAAUCAUUAGGCUAUGUACACCACCAACUCAUUUCCAUAGCUGCAACAACCUGUUUCAACAGUCUGUUGUUGUAUGGUCAUUCAUAGGAAGCUUCUUGAAUUGUACAGUGCAGUAGCUUUCAGAUAGCUACCUGUGUGGAGAGCCUUUGCAAAGAGCUAAUGGUACUCAAAGAUCUCUCAAUAGCAAUGCAUUAUUGAAUGGAUCAUAAGCUAUUGUUAAAAUGAUCAACUCUGUGAAUGGAGCUACAGUGUGUCAAAGGGUGAGGUCAAUAGCUAACUUGUUUGAUUUUGAAUUCAAGCCACAUCUGGUUGAAGCUAGCUAACAAUCUCAAUUCCCAGGUACACACAUAGCCUACAAAGGCAAGGUUGUUGUUUUGUUUAGCUUCACAUCAAAUUAAAACAUGAAAGUGUAUGAGACUGACUGAUGACAGUUAUGAUUAUGUUAUAAUUUAGAUGUAUCUCUGCUCUCCUGCAGGAUUACACCUGUCCACGGUGUGAAUCUGGCUUCAUUGAAGCGCUAUCAGUGGAGAGAAGGUAGCCUACAGUAUCAUCUGCCUGUCUAUCAGAGUUUAAAGCCCUUUCAGCAGCACUUCUCCAUUGACAAUGCUCUCUGUGUCUGGGAAACAGGCUGUCAGUGUUUAGGCUCAUUUCUAUCACAUUGGUUCAUAGUUGAAGAUAAGAUGAGAACAUGUCAUUUCUGAUAUUUUGUAUCUUUCCAGCACUGAAAAUGGGUCCACAUCCACUGCCUCCACAAGCGAUCAGACCCGUCCGACUUUUGAGGUUAGUGACACAGAACGCCUUUGUUCCUCAACUCAACAGUUGGUCCUUAUGAACUCAUGCACCUGGGUUGGACUGCAAGGUAGUGACAGUAUAUGUUUCCCUCUUUGUCCUCCCGAAGAGUAUGGACCACCAGCACAUGUUUACAUUUCCGCCCGGAUAUGGCCAGUUCGCUCUGGGGAUUCUUGGCGAGAAUUUCGACCUCCGAGCGGGGCUGCCGGCAGAAGAUAACCGCGAGACAGAGAACCGGCGGGAACGGGAGAUAGCGUCACGGCAACGGUACAGCGCCCGGCAACCACAGGGACGACACAUGCAACGGCGACCGGGACAGAGAUACGAGGGAGUGCCCACAUUAGAGGGGUAAGGAACACUUUCCAGCUUGCUUGCCCUAUGAAACAUUGUUUGCUUGCCCUGUAGGAAGGAGAUGAGAAAGGAAUUAUGAAAGGAAUUCAUACACUGCUUGUGUAGCGACAUGGCUCAGUUUCCUUCAGGAAUAAUUCAAGAAGUGGCUAAGAUAUUUCUCAUUGUCCCUCUGCAGAAUCCUCCAGCAGCUAGUGAAUGGAAUCAUAGCACCCACAGCCAUGCCGAACAUUGGAAUGGGACCAUGGUAUCUGCACACUGUUAUUAUAUAAAUACCCUCAAAAUCUAUGUUGUAUUUGUAAACAUACUAGUUACUGUGUGUUUCGAGUCAUUUCUUGGAAUUCUCUUGAUAGGGGCAUGCUACACUCAAAUCCAAUGGACUACGCUUGGGGUGCCAAUGGACUUGAUUCUAUCAUUACCCAGGUAUACCCAAAUCCUCUAAACUUCACAAGGGAUUCAAUUACAAAUUCUGGUGACAUUUCCACAACUUAAUAAAACAACUUUCCCUCUCUCCCCUGUAGUUAUUGAAUCAGUUUGAGAACACGGGUCCUCCUCCUGCUGACAGAGAGAGGAUAAAGAGCCUGCCCAGCAUCCAGAUCACAGAGGAACAUGUGGGUGAGUCAACAACAACGUAUCACAGUCCCUCCACGAUUCUGUGAUCGCAUUUUUUGGGGUGCAAAAUCAACAAUUCCCUGAAUAUUAUGCCAAGGCUUGCCAAUUUAACCAAUCACUGCACAAUUUCCGUAUAAAAAAGUCAAAUGAUCGAAAUAUUAUCACAUUAAACUGACCCAUCACCGCAGUACAGAAAGAGGGCUGGCAAAUUCAGCCAAUCACUGCACAUUUACCUCAUAAUAUGGUUCAAUCAAGACACACAUCAACAAACAUUUUCCCACGUCAGCGCAUUGUCACGACAAAUUGGACAAAAUCAUUGCAUAUUGCCAUGCAAAAUGUCAGAAUUGCCACAGCAAAAUCUAAUGAAAUCCUGGAGGGACUGAUCACUCAACCAUAGAGGUCAAAGGUAAUUUUAAAGGAACAGUUCACCGCAAAAUAUUCUUUUUUAUUGCAGGUUCCAGUUUAGAAUGUUCCGUGUGCAAGGAAGACUACAGUGUAGGGGAGACUGUCAGGCAACUUCCGUGCAAUCACCUGUUUCACAAUGACUGUAUAGUACCAUGGCUGGAACAGGUAUGUGCGUUUACACCUCGGUUGAAUCCCUUUUAAAUGUAGUGGUGUGCAUGUUAAUGUCUUCUCAUUGUCUAAACUGUAAGCUGAAGCUCUUGUUUCUGUGUCCCUCUCUUUCUCCCUAAGCACGACACAUGUCCAGUGUGCAGAAAGAGCCUCAGUGGACAGAACACAGCCACGGACCCCCCGGGACUUUCAGGAAUGAACUCCUCCCCUUCCUCCUCCUCGUCAUCCUCCUCCAGCUCCCCAAGUAAUGAGAACGCUGCCAAUAACUCCUAG